AUGGGUGGAGGCAGCAUCAUGCAGGGGCUUAGGCUGGGACUGCUGGUUCUGCUGUGCUGCCUUGCCCUGUGUCCAGCACCUGUCCAAGGAGACAAGGUCCUGGUGAUGCCUGUAGACGGGAGCCACUGGCUGAGCAUGAAGCUACUUGUGAAGGAGCUGGCGGCCAGAGGCCAUGAGAUGAUUGUGCUGGUCCCUGACACAUCCAUCCUCAUCCAGGGCUCUGAUUACUACAGGACUGAGACCUUUAGGGUCCCCUACAGCAAGGCACAGGUGGACGAGAACGUCAACAAACUGAAGGACGCUGCGUUCCUCAAGGCCCCUGAUAUAAUGGACAUAUUCGUGAACGUGCAGCACCUGGUUCACUUCACCACCAUGCAGAUGAACGGUUGUGAGGGUCUGCUGUAUGACGAGCCCCUGAUGCAGCGACUGAGAGGAGAAGGGUUCAAGAUGAUGCUGACCGACCCCUUCCUACCCUGUGGAUCCAUCAUCGCUGAGUCCUUCAACAUCCCAGCGGUGUACUUCUCGAGGGGGAUCCCCUGUGGGCUGGAUGAGAAGGCUGCCCAGUACCCCACUCCCCCAUCCUACGUACCACGCUUAUUCUCCGGCAACACUGACCACAUGGACUUCCUAGGGAGGGUUAAGACCAUACUCAUGUACAGUCUGGAGAGCUACCUGUGUACGGUAAUGUUUGCCAGCUUUGACAAGCUGACCAGUAGGUACCUGGAUAAGGACAUGACGUACAGGGAACUGCUGGGUCACGGGGCGAUCUGGCUGCUGGGGUAUGACUACUCCUUUGAGUAUCCCAAACCCAGGAUGCCCAACAUGGUCAACAUUGGAGACAUCAACUGUGGUAAAAGAGCUCCACUUCCAGCGGACCUGCAGGAGUUUGUGGAUGAGUCAGGAGAGGAUGGCUUCGUGGUCUUCACCCUGGGCUCUAUGAUCUCUCAGAUGCCUGAGGAGAAAGCCAAGCAGUUCUUUGAUGCCUUCAGCAGGAUCCCUCAGAGGGUGGUGUGGAGGUACACAGGAGUGGUGCCUGAGAACGCUCCAGACAACGUCAGACUGAUGAAGUGGCUUCCUCAGAAUGAUCUGCUGGGCCACCCCAAGGUCAAGGCCUUCAUCACCCACGGAGGAACCCACGGUAUCUACGAGGGGAUCUGUAACAGUGUUCCCAUGGUGAUGCUUCCGUUGUUCGGUGACCAGAGUGACAACGUACACCGCAUGACGGUGAGGGGUGUCGGGGAGGUGCUCACUUUGUUCGAUAUCACCUCAGACAAACUGGUGGAGGCCCUCAACAAGGUCAUCAAUGACAAGAGUUACAAGGAGAAGAUGCUGAAGCUGUCAGCGGUACAUAAGGACCGUCCCAUCGAGCCCCUGGACCUGGCUGUGUUCUGGUCAGAGUUUGUGAUGCGCCACGGCGGAGCGGAACACCUGAGACCCGCCGCUCACGACCUCAACUGGAUCCAGUACCACAGUCUGGAUGUGUUCACUCUGCUACUCACUAUAGUUCUCACUGUCGUCAUGGUCACCGUUAAAUGCUGCAAAGUCUGCUUCCGCAAGUGUUGUGGAACGAAGAGGACUAUGAAGAAGAAGAAGAAGAGUGAGUGAAUGUCCUUCCUGUGGCCUAGGCCGGGAUUCAAUCCAAGGCUCGUUGUAGAGCGCUGUCGACAAUAAUGUGCCUUUUAAAGGCAAUGUUCCUGUGUUUGCUGAGAUCACAUUCACAGUAAACGCUGCAGAUGUUGGCUCAAUCAGAAAAUACCUUCAAAUGUCAAGCUCGCUACAAUGCGCUACAGAUUGAAUCCCAGCCCAAGCCACCAGGCCCUAGAGUCCAGAGUAACUAUACUGCCCACUCUAGGCCCUGUGUAUAACAGGGAGUGAGGCUACUGUAGCUUGAAGGAAAGAAAUGC